AUGAUCCGAGGAUUUUUAGGUUUGAAGAAGAGAUCAAAGAGUAACACAUCUUCAGAACAGGACCAAGAUGCUGCAACGCUGCAGGGUAGAGCAAGUUUAGACUUUCCAACUUCCUCACCCGAUACUAGACUUAGUAAUGAUGAAGGAUCAAGACCUUCAUUAGAUCCUAUUUCUCAAAGUACCUCUCCGAAGAGAAAAUCGUUUCUUAGUUUUAGAAGAUCCAUCGACAAGACCCCAGAGCACAACAACAAGACUGUAUCAUCAAGCAAUUCGGAUGAACCCAAAAAAUCACUAGACGCUACUCCCAACAAGAAAAACAACAAGGACCACAAAAAAGUACAAAUUCAGGAACAGAAGGAUGAUAGUGAUGAUAGUGAUAAUGAAUUGAAUAAUAUAAUAGAAUCACAAUUACAAAGCGCAAAUAAUGGCCCUAUCUAUUACUCGUCAUAUUCAGUAGAAACAACAGAGCAUACAUCGAUGAAGGCAAUCAAACCCUUCAAAUAUAUUUCAAUCGGAGAGAUUAAAUUACUAAAUAUCAAAGAAGGCUCCAACACACCAUCAAAUAAGUCGGAACUGUAUAUUGUGGCUGAAAUGGUUCAAGACUUUACAUUAACAGAAUUUACCUACAAAUUACCGUUAAUGACCAAACAUGAAUUUUUGGAAUGGAAAGAUUUCAAUUUAGAAUUUAUUUACAACAUGACAAACAAGAAAUCAUUGAUGAGAUCAAGUUAUUCAAUUCGAGAUCUGUCCGAGUUGGAAAAUUCGCCAGCGAACCGAACUGAUCAUUUUGACAACUUGAUUAUUCCAAGCAAACAAAUGGUCGAUGACUUGACCAAGAAUUAUAUCAGUAUCAAAGUUUUUGAAAAAGAACCAAGUUCUAGGAAUGAUAUACUUGUGGGAUUUUGUUGUAUUGAUUUGUUUACCAUUGCUCUUCAUCCAUUAAUUGAUUUCAUUGGAGUUUCACUUACAAAGGAUGAAAAAACUCUAGAAACUAGUGAUUAUAUCAUCUCCUUCUCCAUUUCUACUUCCCUUCAUCCACCUACUAAGUCUUCUAACAGUUAUUGGUAUAAUCAUGAGGACAGUCUUAUCAUUCAAGGCCAAUAUAUUUCACCGUUCCCAUUUGAAGUCUUACCAAGGCCUAAUGAGUUAUAA